CCGCUUCAGUCUGGACCCGUUACUCGAUGUUACUACACUACGAGACAACACAAACGAAACCAGGUUUCAUCAUUCGUUUCCUUUUUCAUUUUAAUCCCUUCAAAACAACACUGCUCCUAAAACAACACUUUGCUCGCUGAACAGUCACCUGGCGGGAACGUCGUCGUACAUCAACGCCAUUUUCCAGAUUUUAACUCAUUUUAACGCCGAUGCUGUUUGAGUUUUGCUUCUGUGUGGGUUGGACUACGACUUGUGAGACAAAACACGGGGGCAGAUGUCACUAAAGACGCAAUUUGUUGCCACUUUGUUGGGCGUAACGGGUUUUUUGGCCUCGUAUGCCCAAGAGUGUGGGAGACCGACCCUGCAGGAGAACAGGAUUGUGGGAGGAAUGGACGCCUCCGACGGGGCGUGGCCGUGGCAGGUGUCUAUACAGAAAGAUGCUGGUCAUGUCUGCGGAGGCUCCAUUAUCACAGAGAACUGGAUCCUAUCAGCAGCUCACUGUUUCCCCAAUCCGUCCGACUUGAGUUCGUACACCGUCUAUGCCGGCUGGUACUACCUGAACAAUUUAAACCCGCACCAUUCGGCACACCGCGUCAGCGAUGUGGUGAUCCCGUCCGGAUACGUGGAGCCUCACAGCGGUAAGGAUGUAGCCCUGGUGCGUCUCUCCACCGCCCUGACCUGGUCGGACUGGAUCCGUCCCGUGUGCCUUCCCGCCUCUGGCACCCUGUUUCCGGCCAGCUUGCAGUGCUACGUCACCGGCUGGGGGAACAUCCGCAAUAGCAUCCCGCUGCCAGGAGUGGGGCCUCUGCAGGAGGUGCAGGUGCCAAUCAUCUCACAGGCUUCCUGUCGUGCAAUGUACCAGAUGGAGCAGGUGGACAUCUUGUAUGACAUGAUCUGUGCCGGCUACCAGGAGGGCGGCAAGGACUCCUGCCAGGGCGACUCAGGAGGGCCUCUCGUCUGCCAGAUGGUGAACGGAACCUGGGUGCAGGCGGGAGUGGUGAGUUUCGGCCUGGGCUGCGCUGAAGCUAACCAACCAGGUGUGUACGCCAGGCUCACCAGCUAUUCCAGUUUCAUAAGAGACAACGUACCAGAGGCCCAGCUGUACGGCCGAGCUCAUCGGCAACGGCUGGAGGGGGCUGCAGUGGUGCUGCUUGGCUGUUUGUCUGCCAUGCUGGUCCUGCUUUGGCUAUAAGUAAGCUUCGACAAAUAGAUUUUUGGGAAAUCGGGCCAAAUGAAGAAAUUCGCAUUAAUUGAAACUCGUAUGAACAUGAAGCAAUAUGCACCAGAAAAUGUAAUAUAAUUGUUAAUUUGUAGUAGUUGAAGUGUGAUUUUUAAAAUGUUUUUGAUACAUUUGUAUUUCAAAUGGCAACA